UAAAACGUUUAAAAAAACAAGGACUGUUAAACCAAGAAGUUUGUAUUCAACAAUUCUUCAGUUGUGUCUUUUAAACUUAAGUAUUAAAUAUGAAUGAGUGUGAAGAUGAAUUACAAGUUAUUCUUGAUAUGUUACAAACAUAUCUUCCUAAUUUUCAAGUGUCGAAAUCUGAUUUUCAACAACCUUCUUCAAAUUUUGUUGUCACUUUAUAUGCAAAUUUAAUUAAUAAAAUAAUUGAAGAUACAGCUGGUGAUAACAUGGAAGACCCUGCUCCAUUUAAGGGAGUAAUAAACCUAAAUGAUGAAGAAACCAGCAUUUUUACAAUAUUUGAUUACAUUUCCUCUAUAUACAAUCAUCUUGGUUAUCAAUUUUUUAAUUUGACCGAUUUAUACUGCCCAAGUGCAAAAAGAACUAAAUGUGUUUGCAAAACAUUACUUAUGUUUUUGGAAAAUUUAGAUGAUGCAUCUGAGGCUUUCUCUGAAAUUGAAAAUAGAGUGUUACAGGAAGCAAUAUGUGAAAAGAAUAAUUAUAAUCUGAAAAAUGAUUUACAAAGGGAAUUGAGUGAAAAAGCCAAUUCUGUAGGUGCUUUAAAAACAGAAAGUGACAAAUUGGUUUUAGAAUAUUCUGAAAUGCACAAGAAAGAGUCAGAUUUGAAGUUGGAACAUGAACAGGAAACUAAAAACAUUUUACUAGAACAAGUAGCAGUAAAUCAGAAAAUGGAGAUGUUGACAAUUGAUGAAGAUGGGAUUUUAAGAUUAGAAAAAGAGCAAGCUAUGUUGCAAGAGGAAGUUGUAAAUACUGAAGAAGUUGAAAAUGUAAAGGAUUCAAUUGAAAAAAUUCACAAUCAUAUUUGUCAACUUGAAGAAGAAAUUGUAGGUUUUGAAGGUUGUUUAGAAUGCAAAAGGAGUGAACUAAAUGCUUAUGAAGAAGUGUAUUUAAAGCUUGAGAAAUUCCAGCAUACAGAAAUAUCUGAACUGGAAAAGCUACAUAAAUUGAGACUAAGCAUUAAAAAUCUAGAAGAACAAAUUUCUUUAGCUGAUAAAACCCUUUUAGAAUUGAAGGCAUCAAAAGUGAAGCACAAAGAAAAAACUAAACAAUUAAAAAAGGACAUAAUAGAAAAAGAACUAGUUUUUACUAAUGAAAAAAGGAGUUUAUCUUCAAAGCUUCAAUCACUAGAAGAAAAUAAAAAACAAAAAGAAAAGUUAGUUGUCCAUCUUCAAGAACAAGAAAAGAACUUGAUAGACCAAUUGAAUUCUGUAAAAAAGGAUUUAGAAAUUAUGGACAAGGAAGGUGAAGAAAUGCAUGAACUUUUUCGAGAAGCUUGUAGUGAAAUAAUUGUUUCAACUAAUAAUACAACUGAAGCUGUUAGGAGAAUAUUAACUGGUUUAGAAAGUAAAGUUUAUCAAGUACAUGGCAGUUAAGUUAAUUUGAAAGGAAAAACACUGUUUAACGUAUCUAAUUAUCUUUACCAAUUUUUUCUUUUAGAUUAUAGAUUCUUAUACAUUUAAAAAAAAUAUAUUUCUUAGAAUUUGAA